AUGAAGUUGCGAGAAUCUCACCGAGUUGAGAAACGGGAUGGAUAUAAAACCCGUCAGCUUUGGGGAUAUUGUAGUAGUCCACAAAAAAUCACGCACAUAAGGACUAGCUUUGUCUCAGAUACUGUACAUGAUAUACCAGCUAAUGGACAGACAAGAGGAGCUGUAGAAAAGGUGAUUUCAAAGAAAGGAAGAUCAUCCACCAUAAAACGACCUGUUCAGCGAUUCUACCCCUUGGAAAUCAGAUCUAAGGCCAACCCAAGGAGGAUGACAAACCAGAAGUGA